ACAAUUCCUUGUGCCACUCCCCUUGCCCAUUGUGGAGCCUCCUGAGCUGUGGUCACAACCUUGGUCAGCACAUGCCUCACACUGUCCCUCCCUCCAGGGCGGGACCAAUAGAGCCAUAAAGCUCAAGGAGUCAGAGACAAAGUCUGGCAACAGAGGCGAGCCCAGAGCAGAGCACACAGCAGCCCCUCCAGCGCCCGCAGCCCUUCAGACUGGAGAGAAGAUCAUACCAUGGGGCGGAAGACCCUGGCCCUCGGCUGGGCGAGUGCUGCCAUCCUGGUGCUGCAGACGUUGGCCGCGGCAGAGGGCUCCCCACGGACCCCCGGCAACAAGGGCAGGGUGUUUGCGGACCUGAGCGCCCAAGAGCUGAAGACCGUGCACAGCUUCCUUUGGUCCCAGAAGGAGCUGAGGCUGCAGCCAUCCAGCACAUUGACCAUGGCCAAGAACUCCGUGUUCCUCAUUGAGAUGUUGCUGCCCAAGAAGCAACACGUGCUGAAAUUUCUGCAUAAAGGCCACCAGCUUCCCGUUCGGGAAGCGCGCGCUGUCAUCUUCUUCGGAGCCCAGGAGCAUCCCAACAUCACCGAGUUUGCUGUGGGACCACUGCCCAGGCCCCAUUACAUGCGACACCUGCCCCACAAGCCCGGGCACCAGGCCUCCUGGGCCUCCAGGCCCAUCUCCAAGGCAGAGUAUACCCUCCUGGGCCACACCCUGGAGGAGGCCAGCAAGCCCCUGCAGCAGUUUUUCCGUCGCACGACGGGCUUCACGUUCGGACACUGCCACGAGCGCUGCCUGACGUUCACAGACGUGGCGCCCCGUGGCUUGGCCUCCGGCCAGCGCCGCUCUUGGUUCAUCUUGCAGCGCCAUAUGAAAGGCUACUUCUUGCACCCCACUGGGCUGGAGCUCCUGGUGGAUCACGCAAGCACGAACCCCCAAGACUGGACGGUGGAGCAGGUCUGGUACAACGGGAAGUUCUACCACAGCCCCGCCGAGCUGGCUCAGAAGUAUGACGACGGAGAGGUGGACGCGGUGGUCCUGGAAGACCCGCUCGCCAAGGACAAGGAUGGAGCGAGCCUACCAGAGGCCGCCCUCUUCUCCUUCUACCAGCCACGUGGGGACUUCGCCAUCACCAUGAACGGCCCCCGCCUGGUGCAGCCCGAGGGCCCCCGCUACAGCCUGGAGGGCAACACCGUGCUCUACGGGGGCUGGAGCUUCACCUUCCGGCUGCGCUCGUCCUCGGGGCUGCAGGUCCUGGACGUGCACUUCGGAGGUGAGCGUAUAGCCUACGAGGUGAGCGUGCAGGAGGCCGUGGCGCUGUACGGAGGACACACACCCGCAGGCAUGCAGACCAAGUACAUGGACGUCGGCUGGGGCUUGGGCAGCGUCACUCAUGAGCUGGCCCCUGGCGUCGACUGCCCGGAGACGGCCACCUUCCUGGAUGCCCUCCACUACUAUGACGCCGACGGUCCUGUCCUCUACCCCCGAGCCCUCUGUCUCUUCGAGAUGCCCACGGGGGUGCCCAUCCGGAGGCACUUUAACUCCAACUUCAGCGACGGCUUCAACUUCUAUGCGGGCCUCAAGGGCCAGGUGCUGGUGCUGAGGACCACUUCGACGGUCUACAAUUAUGACUAUAUCUGGGACUUCAUCUUCUACCCCAAUGGGGUGAUGGAGGCCAAGAUGCACGCCACCGGCUAUGUCCACGCCACCUUCUACACCCCCGAGGGGCUGCACCAUGGGACCCGCCUGCACACACACCUGAUCGGCAACAUGCACACCCACCUAGUGCAUUACCGCGUUGACCUGGACGUGGCAGGCACCAAGAAUAGCUUCCAGACCCUGCAGAUGAAGCUGGAAAACACCACCAACCCCUGGAGCCCGAGACACCGCCUGGUCCAGCCGGCUCUCCAGGAGACGAGGUACUCCCGCGAGCGCCAGGCGGCCUUCAGCUUCAGGCAGACUCUGCCCAAGUACCUGCUGUUUACCAGCCCCCAGGAGAACCCCUGGGGCCACAAGCGCAGCUACCGACUGCAGAUCCACUCCAUGGCUGACCAAGUGCUGCCCCCGGGCUGGCAGGAGGAGCGGGCUGUCACCUGGGCCAGGUAUCCCCUGGCAGUGACCAGAUACCGGGAGUCUGAGCUACGCAGCAGCAGUAUCUACAACCAGAACGACCCCUGGGACCCACCUGUGGUCUUUGAGGAGUUUCUGCGCAACAAUGAGAACAUUGAAGGCGAGGACCUGGUGGCCUGGGUCACAGUGGGCUUCCUGCACAUCCCCCACGCAGAGGACGUCCCCAACACGGCCACGCCCGGGAACUCCGUGGGCUUCCUGCUCCAGCCCUUCAACUUCUUCCCAGAGGACCCGUCCCUGGCGUCCAGAGACCUCGUGGUCGUGUGGCCUCUGGAAAAUGGCUCCACCUACGUGCAGCACUGGAUCCCUGAGGAGGAGGGAGGCUGCUUGAUGCCUCCCCCUUUCAGCUACAACGGAACCUACAGGCCUGUGUGAAGGCCCCCCCCCCCCACCAACUCCCACCUGAAGCCCGAGUGCCCCCCCCAACCCCAGGCACAGACAGUAAACCCCCUCAGGGCUCAGCUCCUAUGCUGCUUCCUGCAGAAGGCAUAGCAGAUGAGGCCAUACACCAGGCCGGGCGUGUGGGACACACACAGAUGAGAAACACAAGGCCUUGGCCUCCACCCCACAGAAGACCUCCAUCACUAAGGCAAGGACACUCACCGAAAUACUAGGUUGACCUAUCAGAUCAGUUUAGAGAAUCUGAGGCUGACAGCUCCCUCUCGGGGGUCUGCGGGGGACCCUUCUGGGUGGCUGAUAGGCAUGCAAAGUAGUGCAACCACAGGAAGACACUAUGGCAAAAUCGAGCGGAACUGCAAACACCUUUACCCUCUGACACACUGAUCCAACUUCUCAGAGUUAUCCUGGAGAUCUACCUACAAACACGGGAGAAACAGAUGUACACAGUAAUUCACUGCAGUACUGUUUGUACUGGCAAAGUCUGGAAACGACCCAAACGUCCUUCUACACGAGAGAGGCUAUAGAUCUGAAUAAGCCAUGGAGUGUCCACACAGCGCAAUUUUAGGCGAUUGGAAAGGAAACCAAUGAACAGGGACAUGCUCUAUACUGAUGGGGAAAGAUCUUCAGGAUAUACUAAGUAAGAAAACAGGUAUAGAACAAUAUAUAGCUAGCAUGCUAAUCUUCGUGUAAGAGAGGAAUAUAUGUAUUCAUAAAAACCCUAGAAAAAUACACAUGAUUCUAAUAUAAAUGGUUACCUAUUGUCUUCGUCCAUUCAAGCUGCUGUAACAAAACACCGUAGUCUGGGUGGCUUAUAAACAGCGAAAGUUUAUUGCUCACAGCUCUGGAGGCUGGAAGUCCAGGAUCAGGGUACCAGCAAGGUCACGUGAGGGGCUUCUUCUGGGUCAAAGACCUGUGACUUUUCGGUACAUCCUCCCAUGGCAGAGGGGUGAGGGGUCUUCCGGGGUCUCUUUUAUAAGACCAUUAAUCCAUUCAUGAGGGCUCCACCUUCAUGACUUAAGCACCUCCCAAAGGCCCCACCUCCUAACACCAUCCCAUUGGACAUUAGGGGGGACACAGGCGGCGAAACCACAGCACCUGAAGACACAGGGAGAAACGGGAUGGAUGAGACAGGGAAGGGAGAAGGAGUGCUCAGUGUGGCUGGGUUUCUUUGUGGGCUUUUUUCUUUUUGAGUGAAGAGAGCCUGAGGGGACCCACAGUGGGGAGGGCAGGGUGGUGGGGAGGGGCGGGGUCUCCUGCCUCCCUCUGGAGGUCGAGGGAGCCUCCAAGUGUCCUGGCCACAGUGCAGUCCCAGGUCGGUGGGUCCCCAGGUGCCAUCACCUCCCACCCCAGUGCUAUGUUGUUUUUAUUUUUUAAUCAUGGGAACAUAUUACCUACUCAAAAUAAUAAAAUCUAAGUUUUAAAAGAAAAAGAGAAGGAGGGAGGCAGGAAGGAACCCUUAUUGCUGAUUAAUGGGAUAAAGCAGCUGGUCAGGAUGGAUAGAGUAGACAGACUCAACCCCCCACAAAGAUUUCCACAUUCUAACCUCCCUGGGACCUCUGAAUAUGUCACCUUACACGGCAAAAGGAAGGCAUUCCGCAGGUGUGAUUAACGUAAGGAUCCUGAGAUGGGAAAUUCUCCUGCAUUAUCCAGGUGGGCUCGAUAUAAUCACAAGGAUUUCUCAGUGUAAACCUUCUAUAUUGUUCUUGGGUUUGGGGUGGGUUUUUUCCUUCUGAGGGUCCUUUCUGGUAAGAGAGAGACAGGGGGUCAGAGAGGAGGGAAGCUGCCACACUGCUGGCCCUGAAGUCGGGGAAGGAGCAACAAGCCAGGGGUGUCAGUGGAAAAGGCAAGGAGAUGGAUUUUCCCCGAGAGCCUUUAUUAGCAACACAGCUCUGCAGACUCUAGACGGUAAGAGAAUAAACGUGUUGCUUGAA